AUGGAUACCAGCAGCACUGUGAUAGAAAUUGAAUGGAACGAACCCACCGUCAUAUCUUCACCCGGCUAUCCAUCCUCCUACUACGGCUCGAACCUCGACCUUACUUGGGUACUCAAGGCUCCAGAGGGUCACAUCCUUCAGAUACAUAUUCUAGAGCUGGCCCUAGAAACGAAAUACGACUACUUGUACAUUGGUUAUGGGCCUGGUCCCAAUAAACCUGGUUCUUGGGAGCUUCAGAAACUGACUGGGUAUAGCAAUUCCAGUGAACCCGCUACACCCGGUCACUCUAUGUGGGUCAGGUUCACCACAGAUGUCUCAACGGGUGAUAUUGGAUUCAGUCUUCGUGUCACAGCUAUACUAAACCCUGGAUGCAGCAGCGGUCAAGUGCAAUGUUCAAGUGGAAUGUGUAUCAACGAAUCGGCAAGUUGUGACGGAAAUAACGACUGUCUCGAUUUCUCAGAGGAGGAAUACUGUCCGUACUGCGAACAAGUUCAAUUUGAUAUAUGUAGACAGAACCUGGCCUACGAUUUGACUUUUUUCCCGAAUCGGAACGCAGAGACAGCAGACGCUGCAGCGGGAAGCUUUCCAGACAUGGCAGAUACUAUAUCAUCGUGCCAUGAUCACCUGUUCCCUAUCAUGUGCUCCGUUUACUAUCCGGAAUGCACCCAUAACGGCCCCACCCAUCGGGUUUGCUACUCCGACUGUUUGGCAGUCACUGAUGCCUGCAAGGCAUCCUUUGAGCAACUCCUCGACCGUCCAUGGCCCGUCAACUGUUCGAUGUUUACCGAUGAACAGGAGGAAGAUGGGAGCUGUUUUGGCCCUAUGGGAGAUCUUUUCGAUACCAAAAUAUGCGGGACACGCCCUGCAUACACACCAGAUCAAUACAGGGUUCUUGGUGGUACCAACGCACGCCCAGGGGAAUUCCCUUGGAUUGGUUCACUCCGCAUCGACGGAUUGAAAUUUGAAGGACGUUGGUGUGGGUCUACCCUGAUCAACUCUCAAUGGGUUCUUACCGCAGCUCACUGCGUUGAUUACUACGUCGAUCGUGUGGUUUUUUGGAACGCACAUUUGACGGAUGACUCCGACAACGAAGUAGCGAUUGAGGUGGCUGAUAUUUUCGUCCAUCCCGAGUACGACGUCUAUUGGCUCUACAACGACAUCGCUCUGAUACGACUUGCUGAACCGGUGACAUUUAGUGACUACGUCAGACCCGCGUGUCUGUCGGAAUCCUCGGAUGAACUCAAUGACUAUCGUCGCUGUCUCGUCGCUGGAUGGGCAACUAUACUGGAAGGCUCACCGUUGACAGAGAGCUUGAAAAAAGUAGUGGUGACCCUUCCUAACCAAGGCGGGUGCAAUUCUUCGUACCAGGAGACUCUGACAGAAGAAAUGAUAUGUGCUGAACUAGACCCAGGUGGAAUUGAUACUUGUCAGGGAGACAGCGGUGGGCCUUUGACCUGUGAGGGUGAUGAUGGUCGAUGGCAUCUGGUCGGACUAACAAGCUUUGGAGGAGGAUGCGCUGAAGAACGCUUGCCCGGCGUCUACACCAGAAUCUCAAAGUUCCAGUCAUUUAUUACAGCUGUGGUUUCAGGAGCAAUAACACCGGGUGUUACUGAAAUUACCCUUGAGCGUGCCGUCUCAGUGACCAUCACUUCUCCAAACUACCCUUCCAACUACAACAUCGGCGAUAACAUCGUCUGGAAGGUAUCGGCCCCUGUUGGACACAGCGUCAGGCUGGACAUCGUCCACAUCGCUACCAAAUUUAACGCCGACAUCUUGUUGGUGGGCGAUGGACUGACGCCCCUGAGUUACACAGAGCUUGCGAAGCUGACUGGCUAUGGGUUAAAUUCAACUGUGACGUCACAUGACCGCCAUAUGUGGCUCAAAUUCAAGAGUGACCCCUUUAACACUGACGUUGGAUUCAUGGCAACACUGAACGCUGUGGAUCCGAGAGGUAAUAAGGUCGUCUUUGUGUCAUUUUGA